AAAAUGUGUAUUUUAUGUUUUGAGUUGUUAAUAAUAUAGUGGAUUUUAUUACUAUUAUCAACGUUAUUAUAUCAAUUAUUGCAAGAUAUCAUCAAAUUUGUUGAUCAUUGCAGAAGAGGAGGAUGUCAUCGCAAAAAGAGGUAGUGUUGGAAAAUGCAGAAAAUAAUUAUUCUGAGGAAAAUACAUCAACUGAAGACUUGGAGAAGGCAUUAAUGGUGGCUGCUGCAGAUGCUUAUUGGACUAACGAUUCACUUGACAACCAUUGUGGACGGAAUUCGAUAGAAGAAAAUGAAAAAGAAAUUGAUAAACCUGAAGUAGAUGCCCCAUCAAACAAACGAAAAGCUGAAGAUACCAUAGUAGCAUCUGAUACUUCAUUUGAAUCGAAAAAAGUUAUUGAGCAUAAUGCCGGAACUUCUAAUGUUUCUUCCAAACGUAGCUUUUCCGAGUAUGACGAUGAAGCAAGUUCUAAAAGAAUCAAGAUUGCUGAUGAAUCCUUUGAAGGUGAAGGUUAUGCCAAAGUAGUAGCUUCUCAUUACAACAAAUUGGAAGAAAAAGGUUUACAAGAAAGAAACAAGAGUAGAAUAGUAUAUAUGAGAAAUUUUCAUAAUUGGAUAAAAAGUAUGCUGAUCAAUGAAUAUUUAACCAAAAUCAAGGCUUCAAAAAAAUAUAAUGCACCAUUAAGAGCUUUAGACAUGGGAUGUGGUAAGGGAGGUGACUUACUUAAAUGGAGGAAAGGCAAUAUAUCACAUUUAAUUUGUAGUGAUAUAGCAUUAGUCUCUUUGGAUCAAUGUAAAAAUCGAUAUAGCGAUAUGAAAAAUAGAAGUGCUAGAGAUAGAAAUGGAGGUAACUUAUUCAGUAUUGAAUACAUAUCAGCAGACUGUUCGAGAGUCAGAUUGAGAGAAAAAUAUUCUGACCCAUCAGCAAAACUAGAUAUUGUGAGUUGCCAAUUUGCAUUCCACUACAGCUUCGAAUCUUUACCUCAAGCAGAAUGUAUGCUUAGGAAUGCUAGUGAAUGUCUUCAAGCAGGAGGAUAUUUUAUUGGUACCAUUCCAGAUGCUAAUGAACUUGUAUCAAGAGCAAAAAAAAACAAUUCAAAUAGUUUUGGAAAUGAUGUUUACAAAGUAAUUUUUGAUUGUGACAUGAAUAAACCUCCACUAUUUGGUGCUAAAUAUAAUUUUUAUUUGGAUGGAGUAGUUGACUGUCCUGAGUUUUUGGUUCAUUUUCCAACAUUUAUUGAAUUGGCCAAAAAAUAUGGUCUCAAACUUGUUGCAAAGGAAAAGUUUUAUGACUUUUUCAACAGAAUGAAAGAGGAGGGAGGAAAAUUAUUGAGUAAUAUGGGUAGUUUAGAAACAUAUCCACCAUUUCAUAGCUCUAAUUUAGUUGGAACAUCCCAAGGAGAUUAUGAACAUGCUGAUAAGUUUUUAAAUCAGCAAAAGAAAAAUAUGAAAAUAGGUACCCUCUCUAAAUCUGAAUGGGAGGCCUCUUCCAUUUACUUAACCUUUGCUUUUCAAAAAGUGAAAAAUACUUGGAACCCAGAUGGAACACCAUGUUAUGAAAUAUAAAAUAUCAUGGUUUCAGAGAAAUCCUCUGAUGGUUGUUAUAUAACCAGAAGCUUGGGCAGUUUUUACUUUUAUAUUCAGUGAACGACUGAAACAGCAUUCGUUGAAACCUUAGAUCAUAUAUUUUUGAAUAUAUAUGUGAAAUUAUUUCUAUUACUUCGUUGUUUAACAGAUUUUACCUUCCCUUAUGUGUUUGUAAAGAAACCAUUGAAUUUGAAGUUUUAUUGUAAAUGAUAUCUAAUGAUUAAAACAAUUGUUUUUAAAUGCA